UCUCCUGGCUUCUACCGGGGUGUAGGGGAGGGCAAGCGAAGUGGCUGGGAUGCCGUGAGAAGAAGAUGACUAUGGAGAUCAGUGGUAUCCCACUGGAGUUAUGGCGCCUGAUCUUGUCCUACUUGCGCCUUCCGGACCUCGGCCGAUGCAGCUUGGUGUGCAGAGCUUGGUACGAGCUGAUCCUUAGCCUGGAUAACACUCGGUGGCGUCAGCUGUGCCUUGGCUGUGUGGAGUGCCGACAUCCAAACUGGCCCAACCAGCCUGAUGUGGAACCUUGGUCGUGGAGAGAGGCCUUCAAGCAACAUUAUCUUGCCUCAAAAACCUGGACCAAAAACAGUCAAGACCUUGAGUCCUCCAACUGCUUCUACUUGUUCAGGAGGAAAAAGGACAGGCGCACCCUUUGCGUUGGGCCCGGUUGCGAGUUUGACAAUCUGCGAAGUGCUUUACUCUCAGCGAACGUUUAUGAUAGAAUUGUACUCUUACCAGGAAUUUAUGAGGAACAGAGUGAGAUCUUCCUAAAGGCCCCUGUGGAAAUUAUGGGUAAGGGGAAGCUCGGUGAGGUGGCUCUCCUGGUGAGCUUUGAUCAACACUGUCCAACAAUGAGGUUAUGCAAUUUGGUUUUCAUGCCAGCCUGGUUCACGCCUGUUGUCUAUAAGACAACCUCAGGUCAUGUCCAGUUUGACAACUGCAACUUUGAGAACUGUCAGCUGCAGAUUCAUGCCCCAGGAACCUGCCAAAUCAAAUUCUGCACCUUCAACCAGUCGAGUGUCAAUUUCCAUAGCGUUGCUGUCUGUCUCCUGGAGAACUGCGAGUUUGUUGGGAGUGAAAACGCCUCAGUGACCGUUGAAGGUUGUCCAUCUUUGGACAGGAACUGGGCCUGCAAGCACUUGACCACGUUAGCCAAGUCACGGUCGGUUCUGCUGCAAACCGCAGAGCUUCCACAGCUGUGCAGUGUGUCAAAAUUUGAGAGCCAGGGACACGUGCAGGUGAGGAACACAAGGACCUGUGAAAUGGUGGUCAGUGGUGACCCCAGUAAUGUAUUUCCUGACUUACACACUCAAGGAAUGCCAAAGAAAGGCUGUGAAAAGGAGAACGACAUUUCUGGGAACUUUACCAUGGCAGACAAAGAGGAGGCUGUGACCGUGGCCACAGAUUCUAGCGAGAGCGAACUGAGCUUGAGCAGUGACAAUGAGGAUGAUGACGAGUCCAUCUACAAGCUGCCCUAUCAGGCCCAUAGACUGAGCCAUAUGUUGGCCAAAGUGAUUGAUGGCAAGCCGCAAGCCAGCGGGCUGGCAGCCCUCCAGAAUGAUUACGAGCUGAAAACUCUGCCUCAGGAGUUGCAGAAAGACAAGGAGGCCCAGUCGCUUGCCAAUGCCAUGCAAGGGUGCCUCAUUCGCAAGUGCCUUUUCAGGGAUGGAAAGGGUGGCAUCUUUGUUUGCUCCCAGGGGCAAGCCAGAGUGGAAGGGAGCAUUUUUCGGUACUUGACCUAUGCCAUGCGAUGUGCAGAAAACAGUAAGAUCAUCAUGCUUAAGAAUGACAUUCACCACUGCAAGACCUCAGGGAUAUUUCUGCGUCUGGGCGCAGGGGGCUUGAUUGCAGAAAACAACAUCCAUUCCAAUUGCGAAGCCAGUGUGGACAUCCGGAAAGGCGCCAACCCUCUGGUCUUGUGUAAUAGGAUCCACAGUGGCCUUCGCUCUGGCAUCGUUGUCCUUGGCAACGGAAAAGGCAUCAUGCGUAGCAAUCAAAUCUAUGGAAAUAAGGAAGCGGGCAUUUACAUUCUGCACAAUGGCAACCCUUUGGUCAGUGGAAACCAUAUCUUCCAGGGUCUUGCUGCUGGUAUAGCUGUGAAUGAGAAUGGAAGAGGCCAAAUAACAGAAAACGUCAUCCGAGAAAACCAGUGGGGGGGUGCUGAUAUCCGUCGUGGGGGUGAUCCAGUUCUCAGAAGUAACCUCAUCUGUUGUGGGUAUUCCGAUGGCGUGGUUGUUGGAGAGCGUGGGAAAGGACUCAUAGAAGGAAACACAAUUUACGGUAACAAGGGCUGUGGAGUCUGGGUCAUGUCAUCCAGCCUCCCUCAUAUCACCAAUAACCAAAUCGGGCACAACAGCAUCUAUGGGAUUGCCGUGUUUUGUCGCAAGGACGAUGCCAACGACUACCUCGCCAACCAAGGGGGCAAUGGGAAUUUCAACGAUGAGGGAGAAGUGGCCAACUGGGAGAACGACUUGGAGAGCGAGGAUGAACUCCGGACUUCACGGAGACCCAUCAGCGUGGCUCUGGUGGAGUCCAACAACAUCAACCACAAUGGGGCUGCUGGUUUGUACCUCAAGAGCAGUGAGGCCCUGAACAUCAUGGGAAACGCCAUCCACGCCAACCAGGACUGUGGGGUGGCUGUGUUUCAGAGCACUCAGCUCUCACGGAUCGCAAACAACAGCAUCUCCUGCAAUAGCCUCGGCGGAGUUCUGGUGGAAGCGGAGUGCAAGGUGGAGCUACGCGGCAACGGGAUUUAUGACAACAUAAGCCACGGGGUUGUCUCAAAGGGGGAGGGAGUCAUCACAGAGAAUGACAUCCUAGGAAACAAGGGGUGCGGCCUGAAGCUUUUGCAGUCGGCGGACAUGAAGGUCACCAAGAACAGAAUCCACUCCUUUCGAGGUUAUGGGAUUGAAAUCCUUGAUGUGACCAAGGCCUUAGUGCAAGACAAUCUGAUUUUUCAAGGGAAAACCAAAAAGAGCAUUUUACAGCAGGGAUCCAACACUGAAAGUUGUCUCGUUUGCAACAACAAAGUCCUUGCCUUUAAGAAACGAUCCGACAAUACCUGGACCUUAGAAAACCCUCCAGCGAGACCUCACAUUGAAGGAUCCUCCAGAGGAAUGUCAACAUCAGGAAACAAUCAGAAAGGCUCAAAGAGGACAGCCAGGAUAGCUGCUAGAGUGGAUGGGGGUUGCCACAACAACGGUAGCAUCUUCUGCGCCAUCCUGUGAUCCCUCUGCCUUUUCUCUAACUCUGAGACCAGUCGGGAAACCUUCCCAUGUGUAUUCAUUGCAGAAGCUAGUGAACUCAUGUGCAGUUGACUCCCACAGGGCAAGGGCUCUCCAGUCUUUUGAGAGGCUGGCGAGCAUACUUGGCAUUUUUGUGGCAGUGUCUUAGUGGCGCACAUGGGGGGAGGGGGAUUGAAAGCCUUGCCUGCUCACAAAAUGGCUGCCACGGUAGCAGUAAAUUGCUGAGGGAGAGGAAAAGAUAACUUGCCCAAGAAUUUAAGUAUAAGGAAGAGGUAUUCUGAUCCCCAAAAUGUGAGAUCUUUCUUUUGAAUCCCCAGUUGUUUGCUCCAUGACUCCCACAGAAGGGAAAGUGGUAAGACUCAGAGGCAGCUAACAUGCCCAUGAACAGCGAGUGUGAAGCAGAAGUGAGCUUUGAGUCUCAGCUGCCAAACCAUAUGUUUGCUUCCACAAAGUGCAACAAAAUAGGAAUGUAAGAAAUAAGACUGUUGCUACUCUGAGAAGCACAUACUGUACACACACCCUACGUGACACAAACCAAAACAAAGUCCUCCCUCCCUCCCUUCCUCUCAACACACAAUCCCAAAGAAACGACAACAAAAAAGGUAAAACAACAAUACUUGCCACUCACCACCUUGAAAAGAAAUCCCUGCAUUUCAGCUGUGCGCCAUCUUUCUGUUUUGAAAAUGCUUCUGAAACCUAUGUGGGGCCCAGAACCAUUCUUAGAAAUCGAGGUAGUUUGGGAGGCUGGUACCUUGCAG